ACAUCGUCACAAGAAGCGUUAUGUCGAAUGCAGUUGCCUGAUGUGUUUCCGAUGAUGCGCUAUGAAGAUGCAAUUGAAGUGUUGCAAUCAAAAGGUGAGAAUAUAUCACCUGGUCGAGGAUUGAACAAGAAGCAAGAACUGACGCUCGUCAAGCAUUGCAAAUCACCAGUCUUCAUCACUCAUUUUCCAUCAUCUCAAAAACCGUUUUAUAUGAGUCGAACAAAUGAUCAAAAAUAUGUUAGUUUAGCGAUUGAUUUCCUUGAUUCAUUUAUUUCGUUUUGA